AUUUUUUUAUUUAAUUCUGGAUAGCAAUGUGGUCUAGAUCAUCAACCUUUUCAAGAUUCAUUUCUUCUGGCCACACAGCCAUUUCUUUCUUCUCUUAAAUCAUGGCAGUUUGGUACUGCAUAGCUGUAAGGUCUCGAAGACAUUGAUUCUCUCUCUCUGUCUUUUGGCCACACAUGCCCUUGUUCUGUAGCAAAGCCCUUUCAGAUUAAAUUAUGCACAUGGCUUGUUGCUGUUGCUGUUGUAAUAUAUAACCUUUUGAUGUCCUAGCAGCUUCUUCAUUCUUUCUAUUUAAUGGUAGAUUACGUGAGAUAUUGCCAUGCCUUUCCCAUGAUUACAUCUUGAUAUUUAAGCUGGAUUUGAGCUGGGAACCUAGGCAUUAAUCCCGUCAAAAUGAGCUCUAAACUUGAAUCCAGAAGGUACGUGAUAAUUAAUAGUCAAAAUGAGCAAUUAGUGAUUUCCAUUAGCACUAACCAGUGUGUUUUUCUUGCUGUAAUAUGGCAUUAUUCUUGAUGAUGAUUAUAAUCAUACAUCAUGUGAAAAACUGAUCAAUGGUUGGUCACUUGGUGGUCAUAAUUAUUUGUCAGUUCAUAAUUACAAGAGUAGUUGAUAAAUCAUAAACUCCAGCAGCCUACAGGUUAAUUAAUUGUGGGGUUAUUAAGGUUAAUGUAAUGUAAUUCAGCACUCAAAAGGUGACGACUUUUUUAAAGGCACCAAGAGGCCUUUCCUGUUUUCGGCUCUCCAGACAUGAAGGCCCAUGCUUUUGAUUUCUUAAAAUAUGCUUCUUGAGACAAGGUAUAGUAAUCAGUAAGUUAGGCAUCCGGAUCUUGAACACCAAAAAUUGUACUGCUGGCCUUUGAUUAUCAUAUAACUUUGUCUUUACAUUUUCUGUUGGAGUAUAAAGCUAGUUCGGCUACAUGACGUAAAGUAUUCAUUGAGAAGUGUAAAUGUCUUGUGUUUCCAGGGCAGCGAAUACCCUCUAGAAUCUCAAGACUUGGAUGAUGCAUGCUUCUAUUUCUCAGGGCCAAAUUCAAAUGCCUUCCAGCUCCACUAAAUGAUGAGGAAGAGCAGCAUCAACUGAAGAUCAUCAAAAUCCGCAUCACCUUCUCUUGAAUAUCUGCGAGCAAGAAAACUUUCAUGUUAGUUCUAGUUCUAUCUGCUUGUCAUUGGUUUUUCUAGCUUGAGCUUCUUCGUUCAGAAUUACAUUUUCUCAAAUAUCUUGGUGUUACCUGACCUCAGAUCUGGGACAAUGACUGACCACAGGACCAGAGACAGGACACAACUAUUGGAUUUCAGUCUCAAGAAGCUAUAAGUGUACAUUUGAUACUUCAGAGUUGUGCUACCCACAAUAGCCCUUCAGGAAGAAAGAAAACAAGAAGACAAUGAGUGAGCUAGGUUCUGAAAGAUCAAAGCCAUGGAACAUAUACACAAGUUCAGACCCUGCACCAUCUCAAACAGGAGAAAUUGAUAGGGAAGCUCCAUGGAAAAGUUUUGGAACGUCCAUGAAUGCCAUUUCUUUUGGUUUUGUUGCAACAGCAAUCUUGAUAUCAAUGUUUCUGAUAAUGGCCAUCUUCGAACAUCUGUUUAGGCCUAAUCCUUCUUUUUCUACACCUCAAGAAGUCACCGAUGGUUCUUCAGAAUCAAGACCACUACACAAACUUGGCAACCCUCAAACGGUCCCAGCAGCUUAUGCAUCAGAUUUUGCAGUAGUGAUGCCUGGACAGCAGCUUCCAACUUAUAUUGCCCAACCAGCACCCUUACCUUGUCCAAGGGAAAAGAUUUAUUGGCCUAACCAUGAGCAAAACCUUGUAUUUCCUUGAAAACAUAGUGUAAUACUUGCAUUUGAUUAUGCAGCGGAAGUUAUGUUAUACUAUCUAUCUAUAUCAAAAUGAUUCAUCACUAUUAUGCACU